AUGGCUUAUGUUGACCUUGCAGUUAACAAACAUAAGCCAUGGAUUGAAACAACCUAUCAUGGUAUAGUUACAGAAAAUGACAACACAGUACUCUUGGAUCCUCCCUUAAUAGCUCUGGACAAAGAUGCACCGCUGCGUUUUGCAGAGAGUUUUGAGGUGACAGUCACCAAAGAAGGUGAGAUUUGUGGAUUUAAAAUUCAUGGGCAAAAUGUCCCCUUUGAAGCAGUGGUAGUGGAUAAAUCCACUGGUGAGGGAAUAAUACGCUCUAAAGAAAAGCUUGACUGUGAACUGCAGAAGGACUACACGUUCACCAUACAGGCCUAUGACUGUGGAAAGGGACCAGAUGGAGCAAAUGCAAAAAAAUCCCACAAAGCAACGGUCCACAUUCAGGUGAAUGAUGUCAAUGAGUAUGCUCCUGUGUUCAAAGAGAAGUCCUACAAGGCCACAGUUAUUGAGGGGAAGAGGUAUGACAACAUCCUGAAAGUGGAAGCAGUGGAUGCAGAUUGUUCACCUCAGUUCAGCCAGAUCUGCAGCUAUGAAAUUGUUACUCCGGAUGUUCCUUUUGCUAUUGAUAAAGACGGUUAUAUAAAAAACACAGAGAAAUUAAACUAUGGGAAAGAGCAUCAGUAUAAACUGACAGUUACUGCAUAUGACUGUGGGAAGAAGAGAGCUGCUGAGGAUGUGUUGGUUAAAAUUAGCAUUAAGCCUACGUGUAAGCCUGGCUGGCAAGGUUGGAGCAAAAGAAUAGAAUAUGAGCCUGGAACUGGUUCUCUAGCUCUGUUCCCUGGUAUGCAUUUGGAGACCUGUGAUGAGCCAGUAACCUCCGUUCAAGCAACGGUUGAGCUGGAAACCAGCCAUAUUGGUAAAGGCUGUGACAGAGAUACCUACUCUGAGAAAUCCAUUCACAAACUCUGUGGUGCUUCUUCUGGAACAGCUGAGCUACUUCCUCCUCCAAGUAAUGCUGCUAACUGGACAAUAGGACUUCCUACAGAUAAUGGGCAUGACAGUGACCAGGUCUUUGAAUUUAAUGGAACACAAGCUGUGAAGAUUCCAGAUGGUGUUGUCACAGUCAAUCUGAAAGAGCCCUUCAUGAUUUCAGUAUGGAUGCGGCAUGGGCCUGGAACCAAAGAGAAAGAGACAAUCCUGUGCAAUUCAGACAAGACAGAUAUGAACCGGCACCACUAUGCUCUCUAUCUACACAACUGCCGACUUGUUUUCCUAUUUCGCCAAGAUCCUUCAGAGGGAAAAACAUAUAAACCUGCUGAAUUUCAUUGGAAACUAAACCAAGUGUGUGACAAGGAGUGGCAUCAUUAUGUCCUCAAUGUUGAAUUUCCAGCAGUAACACUUUAUGUAGAUGGUGUUUCAUAUGAUCCUUUCCCAGUGACUGAAGAUUACCCACUUCACCCUUCAAAGAUAGAAACCCAGCUAGUGGUUGGAGCAUGCUGGCAAGAAUAUACAGGAAAUGAAAAUGACAAUGAAACUGUGCCCGAGACCUCUGCAGGUGGCGAACUCCACAUGGCUCAGUUUUUUCGAGGCAAUCUGGCAGGCUUGAUGAUCCGUUCUGGUAAACUGGAAAACAAGAAGGUGAUAGACUGCCUAUAUACCUGCAAAGAGGGGCUGGAUUUACAGAGUGCUGAUGGUGUUGGCAAAGGCAUAAAGAUCCAUAUGAACCCUAGUCAGUCAACACUGACCUUAGAGGGGGAUGAUAUUGACAGAGUUGACAAGGCCAUGCAACGCGUUUCCUAUUUGAAUUCUCGCCAAUUCCCAACACCUGGGAUCCGGAGACUUAAAAUAACCAGCGUUGUCAAAUGUUUCAAUGAGGAGGCAUGCAUCUCCAUCCCUUCUGUGGAGGGGUACGUGAUGGUCUUGCAACCAGAGGAACCGAAAAUCAGUCUCAGUGGCAUCAACCACUUUGCCCGCUCUGCUUCCGAGUUUGAGAGCUCGGAGGGUGUUUCCCUCUUCCCGGAGCUUCGCAUAAUAAGUACCAUUACACGGGAGGUGGAGCCAGAAGGGGACGGAGAUGAGGAUCCUACAGUACAAGAGUCUUUGGUAUCUGAAGAGAUUAUGCAUAACUUGGAUACAUGUGAGGUGACAGUGCUAGGAGAGGAACUAAAUCAGGAACAAGAAAGCUUGGAGGUUGAUAUGACACGAUUACAGCAGAAGGGCAUUGAGAUGAGUAGCUCCAACCUUGGCAUGAUCAUCACAGGGGUUGAUACAAUGGCCAGCUAUGAGGAGGUUCUGCAUUUGAUACGCUACAGAAAUUGGCACACUGUUUCUCUCUUUGACAGAAAGUUCAAAUUAGUCUGUUCUGAACUUAAUGGGCGCUAUGUCAGCAAUGAAUUUAAAGUGGAGGUGAAUGUUAUCCACACAGCUAACCCAGUUGAACAUGCUAACCACAUAGCUGCACAACCACAGUUUGUUCAUCCAGUGCAUCAUACAUUCGUAGAUCUCUCUGGGCACAACUUAGCCAACCCUCAUCCAUUUUCAGUUGUUCCGAGUACAGCCACGGUGGUGAUUGUAGUUUGUGUCAGUUUCCUGGUUUUUAUGAUUAUUCUGGGAGUGUUCCGAAUCCGAGCCGCCCAUCAGAGGACAAUGCGUGACCAGGACACUGGGAAGGAGAAUGAGAUGGACUGGGAUGACUCUGCGCUGACCAUCACUGUGAACCCUAUGGAGACUUACGAGGAUCAACACAGCAGUGAAGAGGAGGAGGAGGAAGAGGAGGAAGAAAGUGAAGAGGGAGAAGAAGAUGAUAUCACCAGUGCAGAGUCUGAAAGCAGUGAGGAAGAGGAAGGAGAGCAGGAGGAGGACCAACAGAAUGUCAAUAGACAGCAACAGCUGGAAUGGGAUGACUCUACCCUCAGUUAUUGAUUCGAGCUGUUCCCUUUGUCUCUAUGUUUCGGCUCUAGAAGACUCCACUGUAAUCCACUCCAUUGUCCCCAAGGAUUCAUGGUGUACAAAAAAAAAAAAAAAAGGAAAAAAAAAGUCAUUCUGGCCAGUAGAUUCAACCAACACACAUCCCAGUGUUUGUGUUGUAUUGGCUAGUUCCUGAUGCUGUUCCUAGAAUUGUAGUUAGCACCUCUUUUCCCUCAGCCAUGCCUCAGUGACUGGAUUUUUUUACGCUAUGUGAGGAAUCACCUUGCACUUUUUUCUUCAUGUCAUCUCAGCUAAGUGACUCUACAGAUUUGUAGCCAUUGCACAUGAAUUUCUGAACUGUCUUUUUUUGCUCAGUGAAACAACUUUGGCUUUGUUCAUUUUACUCUUUCUGAAAGAUGCAAAGAUUGCUUGUUGACAAAGGGUAAAGUUACUCAUUUCAGCCUGUUGAUUUUUUUUAUUAUUAUUUUUUCCCAAAUUAGUGCAUGUGCAAAGUGGCAGAAUGAGGUUAAUAUGUAGAAGAUUAACAGACUUUUUAAUAUUUUGUAAAUAUAUUGGAAUUAUGUAAUUAUGUCAUUUGUGGUAGUGAAAACAGGAAUUGGGGUUUAAAACAUGCUAAAGUAAAAAAAAAAUCAUGAAGCAUGAAAUAAUA